AUGCCCGAACCAUGUAGUGAUAGCAAAUCCGUCACUAACGCACCUCCUUCAUACACCACAACUUCCACGUCUGCAUUAGUAGAUUCUCUCCAACUUGAACACAAACGAUUUUCUCCUCUUCAAAGCAGGCAGACACGAAAUACUGUUCUAACAUGUAUCCGUGAUAUUGUCUCUGCCCCUGAUUUCACCCCUUCCUCUGCCAUCCCAAUCGUCGAUGCUUGCGCCGCUGCGCUCUCUGCUACUAAAUUCUCCGACCUCCUGCAAACACCCAAUAUCGAAGGCCACACAGCGCUCUAUUGGGCAAUAGUGAAUGAGCGACCAGAAGCCUUUUCGGCGUUAUCUAAAUUCAUUCCCAAAUUUUCGUCUGCCUGCUCCUCCGACCUGCGUCUCGCAUGCAUGUCGACUAGCGACCAAGCAUUAUUUUCGCAGCUGAAUUUAGGGAAUCCCAGCAGUUCUGCCAAGGAAGAGCCUUUGAGACGCUCUUCAGGUUUUUUGCCCGACGAGGUUCAGGUGGAGUCAGAGGACGGACUGGGCACGAACCAGUUUAUUGCUCGUCUUCGCAUCAGGAAGUUUCAGAAACGCUUGCUUAUCACAGGGGAUGUGGGUGUAGAAUUCGUUGCGGGGGGACGUAUAUGGUUGUUUCGAUCUUUUGUGAAACGUGAUGGGAAGUGGUACAUUGGCUUGAGUCUUGCUAAGCCCAGCCUUCCAGCGCGUCCAGGAGGCAUAAUUGUGAUCAAGCCCCAUAGCAGGACACCUGGCUCUGCAGCCCCAUCUUCAUGGCAUGAUUUAACGUUCUCCUUGCACCACUGCAAUACGCUCGUACCUGCUGGGUAG